UCUACUCUGGCUGUGUAAUUACUGCUUGUGUUCAUGCCUUGUCCUUAUGAGCUCGAGCAAACCCACGACCUCAAAGUGCCUCCGGUAGCGAACGAUGGUACUCUCGUGAAUGAAGUCACUCUUAUGACAGAAUCAUUUAAGCACGCUACCGCUACCACCGCACGAAUAAUAAAGUACUAUAGCACUUUGCGACUACUUCGUACUGAUGCAGUUAGCUCUCGAUUACCGGAUUCUCUGGCCAUGACCCUACGAUCCCAACUGGAUCAAUACGAUCGACUUUGUGACAUUGUUGAGACAAAAAUAAAAUAUUUGAUUGCAGUUACAAAGCGCGAUUUAGUCCAUACUCAAAGCGACAUUAUCCAGUGGAUUCCUAGCCCCACAGGCGCAGCAGCCAAAAAUGAGCCGUUUGCAGAUGUCGGAAUUGUAGACCUGUCCUCCGACUCUGAGGAUGACAUCCCCCUUGCUUCCAAGACUGCACCACAAUCUCAAAGGGGAUCCCAGUCUGGGCCCGCUGGCAUAUCACUUUCUUCCUUACAUACGUCUCCAUUGGGUGAAAAAGCUAUCGAUGUCACGCUUGAGGCCCCAUCCAUAGCCUCGGGACAACCAAUUCCCCUUGGCCAGAAACCUGGUCUCUCCCUCAGACUGGAUCUCUCCGCUGAUGCGUUGCUUGGCCCCCAUCUGGCUUCUUAUGGUAGUCAGCGUCCUCCAUCUCCAGUUACCUUAGCUCCAAGAACGUCUAAACUACUCACCGACAGUUCCUUAACAUCAUCUAUUUUUAACUUCCCUCCUAAUCUCCCUCAACCACGACCAGAGGGUCUUCCCGAGAUACUAUCAGCGAUAGCCACCCACUCCCAAUUGCAGCACGAACUGAUUGGCAAUGGGUCCUCCGCACCUCCUCUCACCCAGUCUUCGAAUCCGGAGCCGGUGAAUCUACCAAUGAACUCGAGUGAACAAAUGGAUAUCGACUUGUUUGGUGAAGGCGUAUCGGAUGAUGCAGAGACUAGUGCGGUAAAUGAUCUGCUGGAAGUGGAAAAAAUGUUUGCCAUCCCAUCGGUUGAAUCCGAACCAGAACUUGCAUCUCACGAUCCUUUCAUUGCUGAACCGGGAGAAACAAAGGCUGCGGAUCAGUCAAAUCCUGCUCCGCCAUCACUCAACUCCACAGAUUUGGUGGGAGUGAGCCAAGUAACGCAAGGGAGCACCGAAAACUCGGAUCCGGCCCUUUCCUACGCUUCCGCCGUUGACUUGCUGCAAAGUUUCAACGAGUUUCGGGCAUCUUUCGCGACCCCAACAUUGGAUUCUUCCGAAAACAAUUCAAGCAACUUGCUUCCCGAUUUCACUUCGGGUCUGACAGAUACAAGCAUCUCUGUACCUGACGGCGGUGCUGGCGAUAUGAAUCCCGAAUCACUAAACCUGGGCAACAUGGACCUAGACAUAGCCUCGCUUCCAGUCGAUGCUGACUUGUUUGCCUCAAUGGAUGAGUUUGAGCGAAACACAGGAACACUUGGGGACGAGUAUGCGGAUGAUGAUAUCUCGAAGUACUUCAACACGCUGGAUUGAUAAUUUUUGAAGUCCGUCACCGGUGAAACGAGGUGGCGUUAGUCCUUGGCCAGUGAGCGGCUAUGUCAUUUUCCUUUGACACUGUUGGGACGGUCACUGGCGCGCUCAGCUCCUUUAGAAUACGAACUUCACAGCGAUCAGUUCAAGCAAUGGAUUCGCAAAAAUCAAAUCGUGUGGAACACUCACGCCAGGCUGGAUACAAUUGAGUCAGAUCUUGGAGCGAAUCGAGUAUUGAUUCUAGAUCUGAAUAGAGGCUCUUGUAAUUAUCCAGCUCCUCAGGGGAGGAGUCGGAAAGGUUUUUCCGAAGCUCUCGUAUCAGGAUUUCGCAUGCAAUGUGAUGGUG